UGUCAUCUAUUAGUUACAGCACUGUGGUGAUUAGUCUGUUAUCUAUUAGCUACAGCACCUUGGUGAUUAGUCUGUUAUCUAUUAGCUACUGCACUGUGGUGAUUAGUCUGUCAUCUAUUAGCUACUGCACUAUGGUGAUUAGUCUCAUCUAUUAGCUACUGCACUGUGGUGAUUAGUCUGUCUGUCAUCUAUUAGCUACAGCACUGUGGUGAAUAGUCUGUCAUCUAUUGGCUACUGCACUGUGGUGAUUAGUCUGUCAUCUAUUAGCUACAGCACUGUGGUGAAUAGUCUGUCAUCUAUUGGCUACAGCACUGUAGUGAUUAAUCUAUUUUAGGAGUGGAAAAAUGUGGUGAAAAACAAGUCACACUCAACUUCCCCAUUAGUGAGGAAAUGACAAGAUGAGAUCAACAAAAACAGAUUGGCAGGAUGACUAGAAUAGACUGAUGAGCUGCUGCUUAUCACAGUUAUACAGUACUGUAGCAUCAUGCUAAGCUAAUUCAGGCUAUAUUACAUUAUAAUUCCGGCUAUAUUACACCAAAUAUUGGUUAUAUUAGGUAUAACGACUGAGGCUGCUACAGGCUGGUAUGGUAAGGCUAUCUGAAGAAAGGAGGAUGAUAUCCACAUCCUAAACUGGAGAAUAACCGUACUGGGCUAAAUAGUGAGAUAAAGGAAUGAGAGGCAGCCACACAUAGCACUGCCACUUCCCAGCACUUUAUUCCUGCAUCCAAAUGAUCAACAAGGCUCUCUGACCAGACAUGGGGAACGUCAGGACCAGCCCAGUCUCUAUGCCAGAGAAUGGAGAUGACACCAACACCAGCUCUGACCCCUUUCUGAGAAACAACGAUACCCUGAGAGUCCUGUCUGACUACCCCUCAGCAGACGUCAGUGAAACCCUGGUAGUCUUGUCUGACUACCCCUCAGCAGACGUCAGCGUGCCUCUCUUCAGGAUAGGAGAGAGACUGAGACUCCUGGCAGAGGAGGGUUACUGGUGGAGGGUUUGUUCUGUCCAAACAGGAUAUGAGAACUACAUCCCCAACAACCAUGUGGCCAAGGUCUAUCACGGCUGGUUGUUUGAAGGGGUGGCCCGACCCAAAGCAGAGGAACUGCUUCGUCUGCCCGGAAACAGAGCUGGCUCCUUCAUGAUAAGAGAAAGUCAAAAAGGAGUGUAUACCCUGUCUGUACGGCACAGGGUUAUGGUACACUAUCGUAUUAUCCGCCUUCCCAACAACUGGUACUAUAUCUCUCCUGGUCUAACCUUCCAGUGUCUAGAGGACCUCGUCAACCACUACUCUGAUUGUGCAGACGGCCUGUGCUGUAUUCUCACCACCCCCUGUCAGACUGUAACCAACGGCAACCUCAACCUGGCCUCCCAGGCACCCCCUGUGGUGAUGCACAACAACUUCGACUGGAAAGACGUCAACAGGUCGGAGCUGACAGACCAGCCUCAUCGUUACCCCGGCAACAGAGACUCUAUGAUCAGCUUUGGCUUGCGGAACACAGUCUCCUCCUACAUGUCUCUGGGGGACACGAGGAAGGAGAGGAAGAGCUGGAGGAGGCAGAAGAGGAGGAGCAGUGUGUGUGUACCUCCCAGUAACGGUCACGGACUCAGCACUACAGCACUGGAGGAGGAAGAGGAGGGGGAGUACGCACAAGCCAUCCACCUGAACUCUUAAGACUGGAUAUGGGCUUAAUGUAUAGAGAGGACAUAUCGUGCUGUAUAGAGAGAACAUAUCGUGCUGUAUAGAGAGGACAUAUCGUAUCGUGCUGUAUAGAGAGGACAUAUCGUGCUCUAUAGAGAGGACAUAUUGUGCUGUAUAGAGAAGACAUAUCGUGCUGUAUAGAGAGGACAUAAUCCAGUUGUAUAGAGAAGACAUAUCGUGCUGUAAAGAGAGGACAUAAUCCUGCUGUAUAGAGAAGACAUAAUCCUGCUGUAUAGAGAGGAUAUAAUCCUGCUGUAUAGAGAGGACAUAAUCCUGCUGUAUAGAGAGGACAUAAUCCUGCUGUAUAGAGAGGAUAUAAUCCUGCUGUAUAGAGAGGACAUAAUCCUGCUGUAUAGAGAGGAUAUAAUCCUGCUGUAUAGAGAGGACAUAAUCCUGCUGUAUAGAGAGGCCAUAGCAUACUGGACUAUGCCGUGAACGUGGAAGUAAAACUGUAAUGACUGUCACACUGCAUGAUCAGUGACAUUCAUACCAUUAAUCACAAGGGUGUUACUGUUUGACAGCCUAAACUAGUUGUAAACAGCUGGAAUGGUUAAGACCGUUACUGUAACAGCAUUAUUUACACACGAGGGCUUAGUAACACAUCCACAAUAGCCCUAUUUCCCAUAUAGCGCACUACAUUUGAUAGGGCUCCGGUCAAAAGCAAUACACUAUAUAGGGAAUAGGGCGCCAUUUGGGACUCUUAGUGAAGGUCAGGGGUCACAGGUCAGCUUACCAUGAGCAGCAUCCUGUUGAAGAGACCACGCGAGGAGGGAGAGGUCAGAUGUAGGCUGGCCACGUCGGCUCCGCUCCGCUCUGCCCCCACCGUCACCAGCCUGGGCUCACCUCCGAACGCCUCAAUGUUCUCCUGGACCCACUUCAGAGCAACUACCUGGUCCUGGAAGCCGGCGUUACCUGGCAGGGCUGUGGAGCCUAGAGGCAUUCAGUUCACACUGCUGUUAUUUCAUGUACCGUGUCAGGAGUCAAAUCCAUUCAAGAGACAUACUUAUAUAACGUAAUAUGUUCUUUGGUUGUGACUUGUGUCAUCAUCUACAUCAUUUCCAAAAUAUACAAAUAACAUGUUUUUAUUCCA